AGGGUGUUUGUCCAUUUGGGUGCCGGCUGGGGUUGUUGCUGCUGCAGUAGAGGAGGCUGCCUCGGGUGGUGGGGAGGCAGCCGCCGCCGCCGCCCAAGAAGGGCUGCAGGAGAUCCCCGGAUUCCCCGGGUAGCGAUCCCGUCCGGUAUGUGGCGUACGACUUGAUGAAAAGGCUGAGGAUCGCUCACCCCGAGCCCCAAGGCAGGCGCGCAAGAUGGGAAAAUAAACAGGCUUUUAAGAAAUGCAAUACAAUUGUCUCAACCAAGAGGACAGUAGUCUCCUCAUGCUACCAUCAUAAGGGCUGCAAGCAAGGGCAACGGUCUCCUGAAUUUUGACACUUCACCAAGAUAAUUGCUGUAGCCAAACAGUGAAGAGCGGCACCUUCCCCAUGACACCAUGUCAACAAAAGAACUCAGCCCCCGACAUGGUGCAAAGUCCCGCGCCGUGCAGAGAGCCUCUACUAUUGACGUUGCCUCUGACAUGCUGGGUUUGUCUUUGUCAGGAAACAUCCAGGACCCAGAUGAGCCAAUUCUGGAAUUCAGUUUAGCAUGCAGCGAGCUGCUUACUCCUUCGCUAGAUAGAAAGCCAAAUAGUUUUGUAGCAGUGAGUGUUACGACACCCCCUCAGGCAUUCUGGACAAAGCAUGCGCAGACAGAAAUUAUUGAGGGAACUAGCAAUCCUAUCUUUCUAAGCAGUAUUGCCUUUUUCCAAGAUUCCCUCAUAAAUCAGAUGACACAAAUAAAACUUUCUGUAUACGAUGUUAAAGAUAGAUCUCAGGGAACUAUGUAUUUAUUGGGUUCUGUGAUGUUCACUGUUAAGGAGGUACUAAAGGAGAAGAACCAUAGGUUACAUUUAACACUAAGAUCUGCUGAAAGUGAUCGUGUUGGAAACAUUACAGUCAUAGGAUGGCAAAUGGAAGAAAAAACAGACCAAAGGCCUCCCGUUACUCGGUCUCCUGACACUAUUAAUGGAAGGACUGUGCUGCCAGUUGAUGAAAAUUUAACAGAGUCUUUAGGAAUCCGAUCCAAAUAUGCUUCACUGCGGAAAGAUGCGUUGCUGAAAUCUGUGUUUGGAGGGGCCAUUUGCCGGAUGUAUCGUUUCCCCACCACCGAUGGAAACCAUCUGAGGAUAUUGGAGCAAAUGGCUGAGAGCCUACUCUCUCUUCACAUUCCCAGACAGUUUGUGAAACUGCUACUUGAGGAGGAUGCUGCAAGAGUCUGUGAACUUGAAGAACUUGGAGAGCUGUCUCCUUGCUGGGAAAGUCUUCGUCGACAAAUAGUUACUCAGUACCAAACCAUUAUUCUGACUUACCAGGAAAACCUCACAAAUCUUCAUCAGUACAAAGGUCCAUCAUUCAAAGCAAGUAGCUUGAAAGCUGACAAAAAGCUGGAAUUCGUGCCCACGAAUUUACACAUACAACGAAUGAGAGUCCAGGAUGAUGCAGGAUCAGAUCAGAAUUAUGAUAUUGUAACUAUAGGAGCACCAGCAGCUCAUUGCCAAGGCUUUAAAUCUGGCGGUCUGAGGAAAAAGCUGCAUAAAUUUGAAGAGGCAAAGAAACACAGUUAUGAGGAAUGUUGUGCUUCUACUGCCUCCCAGUCGAUAGUGUACAUACCACAAGAUAUUGUUCGAGCAAAGGAGAUUAUUGCACAGAUCAAUACCCUGAAAACUCAAGUGAGUUACUAUGCAGAAAGACUCUCCAGAGCAGCUAAGGACAGAUCGGCCAAUGGGCUUGAAAGAACACUUGCCAUUCUGGCAGAUAAGACGCGGCAGCUUGUCACCGUCUGUGAUUGCAAGUUGCUGGCAAAUUCAAUACAUGCACUGAAUGCCGCAAGACCAGAUUAUAUCGCCUCAAAGGCCUCUCCGACCUCCACAGAGGAAGAACAAGUGGUGCUAAGGAAUGACCAAGACACACUGGUGGCCAGGUGGACAGGAAGAAAUAGCCGAUCUUCUCUGCAAGUGGACUGGCACGAAGAAGAAUGGGAAAAGGUCUGGAUAAAUGUGGACAAAAGUCUUGAAUGCAUUAUCCAGAGAGUAGACAAACUCCUCCUGAAAGAACGAUUACAGAGUGAUAGCUGUGAAGAUGUUUUCCAAUGUGACACCACCAGUUCUAGCAAGAAAGGUAAACGGGGUGCCCGUGCAUACUGGAUAAAGCCAAAUGGCACCUUAAAUGCCACCUCAGCAUCUUCAUCACCCCCACCAUCGUCAUCAUUGUCAUCAUCAUCUCCAUCUCCAUCCAUUCCAUCCUGUGCAUGCCAUUCUCCCCAAAUCACAAAUUGCAGUCCCACUCCUGAAGAGUCCAGCCCAGGUGAAUGGAGUGAGGCUCUUUACCCACUGUUGACAACACUCACAGAUUGUGUGGCCAUGAUGAGUGACAAGGCAAAGAAAGCGAUGGUCUUUCUCUUGAUGCAAGAUAGCGCCCCUACAAUAGCCCUCUGCUUGAGCCUUCAGUACCGGAGGGAUGUUGUCUUUUGCCAAACUCUUACAGCACUUAUCUGUGGCUUCAUCAUCAAGCUGAGGAACUGCCUGCAUGAUAAUGGAUUUCUGAGGCAACUCUACACCAUUGGCCUGCUGGCACAGUUUGAAAGCCUUUUGAGCACCUAUGGUGAAGAGCUGGCAAUGCUGGAAGAUAUGAGUUUGGGGAUAAUGGACUUGAGGAAUGUAACGUUUAAAGUAACUCAGGCCACGUCGAAUGCCUCUACUGACAUGCUGCCAGUCAUAACCGGAAAUCGUGAUGGGUUUAAUGUGAGAAUUCCAUUGCCAAGUACCUUGUUCGAUGCAUUGCCCCGUGAGAUUCAGAGUGGCAUGUUGCUGAGAGUUCAGCCUGUUCUCUUCAACGUGGGGAUCAAUGAACAACAAACCUUAGCAGAGAAAUUUGGAGAUACCUCAUUACAAGAAAUGAUUAACAUGGAAAGCUUAGUACGCUUGAAUUCCUAUUUUGAACAGUUCAAAGAAGUUUUGCCCGAAGACUGUCUACCUCGCUCCCGUAGUCAAACGUGCCUGCCUGAACUGCUGCGGUUCCUUGGACAGAAUGUACAUGCAAGGAAAAAUAAGAAUGUUGAUAUUCUUUGGCAAGCUGCUGAGAUUUGCCGCAGACUAAAUGGUGUUCGGUUUACAAGCUGUAAAAGUGCCAAGGAUAGGACUGCCAUGUCAGUGACUCUGGAGCAGUGUCUGAUAUUGCAGCAUGAACACGGAAUGGCUCCACAGGUCUUCACACAAGCCCUAGAGUGCAUGAGGAGUAUUGGAACACGGGAGGUAGUCACCCAGAAGAACUUGUGUGGCCUGGUGCCCAUCCGGGAUUUCAGGCUAGACCCCAGUCUACUCUACUCUAUUCCUUUACUAGCAUUGAGCCCCAAUUUACUGAUUGUGUGGCUAUUUCUGAGCAUUGCAUACUUGGUGGCCAGAUUACGUUGCAAGUGAAGACAAGCUUAUAAAGCUAAAAUCCAAUGAAGUGCCAGAAAUAUUUAUUGCCACCUGGUACCUCUUGGUCAAAGGAAUGUCUCAUAGCAUCGUCUGCCAAGAAUUAUGAUUAUUAUUAUGCCUUACUAUUUUGUGUUUCUAUUGUACUAAACUUGUAAAUACACAUCAGAUUAUUUUAUGAAAAGGAAUUGUAUUGAACGCUUAAAACUGUUGUUACGCUUUCAGUGCUUGUAACAUAGUCGGACAGCGGCCUGCUAGCCGAGCAGCAGAUUUAUUACUCUCACCAAAUAUCUUUCAGCCAUCCAAAUCUUGAGUUUCUUUCUUUCUCUCUCUCUCUUUCUAGAGACAUACAGUUUUGUUUCACAUGUUUCAUGUAUUCCAGAGAAAGGAGCUCUGUCUAAAAAGAAUUUGUAUCUUUUUUGUAUAUUCUUAAAAAUGUGUCUAUCUUGCCUUUCAUAUUUACAUGAUACACAAACAGAAAAAGUGGGAGUUUGUAACACAUUGAUCUGAACAAAUUUACUUACGCACCUUUUAACUUUAAUUUUGAAGCAUUACAUUAAUAUUGCUUAAAUGCAAUAAUUAGAGCUUAAAACCAUGUAUGUGUUCCUUUCUCAUAGUUAAAUCUGUUCUUACAUAUUAUAUUAACUUUAACAAAUGAACUAACUUGAACAGCAGUAUACUGCAUGCAAUAUAGUUUCAGUAUAUUUAUAUAUCUACUUUUUUAUUGUAUCGAAAAGGAAGAGUGUGCAGAAAGAGUAGCUUACUAAUCACCUGUGAUUCCAUUUAAAUCUUCUUUGGAAGAAUUAUUUUUAUAUUCUGUGUGUUGCUGCCAUGUCUUAAUUAAUAUUGAUGUUAGAUAUUGCCAUAAAAGAUGCACUAAGCUCACUGUUAAACUUUAAAUCUUUAAAUGUUUGAUAGAUGCCAACUACAUCAGUGACUAUUCCCGGGGAAAUUAUUCUAAAAUUUCAAUGAGCAACAGAAAAGUAGCACUCAGUUUCCACUAUUUUUAAUUUUAUUUACUGAAAUGUGCACAUAUGUGCAUUCAGACAGUAUUUAUAAUUUUAACACAUAUUUAGAUAAAGUCAUUUAAAUUUAUUAAAAAGCAGUGACAAGGCACAUAGGAAAAAAAUCUCAAUUUUCUGCUUUUUUGGGCUAUAGGUUUUUUUACACUAAUACACUGCUCAAUUAAUUUUGACUGCUGGCAUAAAAACUGAUGCAGUCUAUUGCUACUUAUGGAGUGAUUUCUGUGUUACCAAAAUGGCAUAGAAGCGACUUCCCUAAUAGCUACAUGCCCAAAUAAUAUUUGUACGGAGCAGCGAGGUGAUGCUCGCAUUGCUCCUCUCUGAAUGGCAAAUUUCUUCCGUACUUCCUACUGAGAGCACUGUAUCUGAAUUAAGGCAUUUGCAGGGGCAGCAGUUAGACACACCAAAAUUCAUGGCAGCAGCAUAUCUUGAGAUAAAUGUAUUACAAUGUUAUUGUAAGGUUUUACCAAAAUCUAAUCAUACAGAAUGGUCAUGAUGGCUGCCGGCGAGGGGCACAAUUGACCCUUUGAUGUGAAGCAUAUUUUUUAAAAGAUUCAAGUCUAUCUGCAAUAUUAAAUUAUGCAAAAGAUAAAAGCAAGGACGAGCUAAACAAUACAUUUCUAACAUUAUCAAGGUUACCUCCCCAUAAUGCAGUGCUAUCCAGAGCCCACCUUCCUGUUCAUGUCGAGCAGGAGCACAUCCCCAAGGCAUGGGAAGUCUCUCCAUUAUAUUCAUUGAGCCUGAUCUCUAAAACAGAAACAAGGAACACACAGGGCUCUGGAUCACAUAUAUUGCUUAAAGUAAUAUGUACAGUACAUAGGAGGAGCUGAUCCCAGUUUUUUAAAUAGCUACUUGUCUGCAAUUUCUCAUUGACUGCAGCAGAUGAACAUAUCCUGAUCAUCAAUUGGAGUAGCUGUUAAUAAUGUGCCUUUAAAUGAUUAAAGCAGACAGAUAGACUAGUCCAUUGUUGGACCUUUUUAGCAAAAUGUGGCUAACCUGUCCUCUUUUUCUUGGAUAUGGGACAUAAUGGUGGUGGCUCCUUCUUACGCAGAGCUUUGUGUAUUCAUUCGAGCCCAGAAGAAAUUAGGAUUGCAGCCAAUAAGCUCAUCCUGGCAUAUAAAGUCUGUUGGGUGUGCUAAAUCAAAAAAUACACAUAUACCUUUUCACUGUAAAGCUGCUAAAUGAAGUUUAUCCACAGACAUAAAACACUUUGCUUUGAUAUAUCUUUGUACUUCGACAUGUACAAAAGGACACUGAGUGGUAUCAACUGUAAAUACUUGAAAGUUUCAAUACAGUGCUUUGGAGGAAGGGCAAAUAACAUCUCUCACCCAUGAAGUGAAUCUACAGAAAGAUGUAUAUGUUGGAAUACCAACAAAGUUAAUGAUGCCAUUUAGUCCCUGUUGAGUAUAAAGAUCAUCCGCAAAAGAAAUCCUGUUAAAUUUCCAUAAGAGAGUUAAAUGUCCGCUUAACGCUGCCUUGAGAUACACAUAAUUUUUUUACAGAUAUGGUGUAUCUGAAUCUUGCCUUCUGCUGAUAACAGCAUAAAUUAUUAUAAAUCAAUGCCCAUUUACAAAGCACUUUGGAAACAAAGCUACUAGAGUACAGUUUAACAAGGAGCAUGUUAAAUGUUGCUGUCCUUAGUUGUUAUAAUGUGAAUAAAUUGUCUCUCAGCCAUA